AUGUCCAACGUUCCAAAACAUCUCAAAUCGGGUUCGGAAUGUCCAACAUUGAAAGAAGGUCAAUUACGAUUAUACGGAAUGCGUUUUUGCCCAUACGUUCACCGAGCAAAACUCGUCUUAGCUGCAAAAAAUAUUCCAUAUGAAGAAAUAAAUAUAAAUCUUACUGCAAAACCUGAAUGGUAUUUGAAAAAAAAUCCCCCAGGUCAAGUUCCAAGUUUAGAAUGGAUUGAUAAUCAAUCGAAAGAAACACGAUUUAUUCCUGAAUCAUUGAUUGUUAGUGAUUAUCUCGAUGAAGCCUAUCCACAAACACGUUUACAACCAACAGAUCCAUAUCUUCGCGCCCAACAACGUGUUCUCAUCGAACGAUUCAGCAAUGUCGUCGGUCCUUUUUACAAAAUUUUACGAGGAGAUCCAAAAGAAGGUAUUGAAAGUAUAAAUAAAGGCUUAACCACAUAUGAAGAAACACUUCAAAACACAUAUUUUGGUGGAUCAAAACCAGCAAUGGUUGAUUAUAUGUUAUGGCCAUGGUUUGAAAGACUUCCACUAUUAAAAGAUGCUGGAUUUCAAUUCAAUGCUGAUGGAAAUCUACCAAAACUUGCUGAAUGGAUUCAAAACAUGGAAAAUAAUGAGAGUGUACAAAAAGUCAAAGUUCCUUUUGACAUAUUGAAAAAAUUUAUAGAUGGAUAUGUCCAAGGAAAACCAGAAUAUGAUUUCGAAUAA